AUGUCUAAUAUUAAAAAGAAAAAUGAAAAAAGAGAAAGAAUUUCAUUAUUUAUAUAUCCACCAUUACCUGAAAUAAAAAUAUGCUAUCUUGUAACUUUUUCUAGUUUAAUUUAUGGAUGGUAUCAUGUUUAUAUAGCUAGUACUAAAUUUCAAUUUCAAAUUGGUCAUCCAGCAGUAACAAGUUAUCUUCCUUUUAUAGGAGAACGUAUUAAGGAUAUAUCAAAUUGGGAAUGGAAUAUGUGGUCACCUUUUGCUAUUAAAUAUCUUCCAUAUUUAGUAAUUCAUACAAUAAUAUUUAAUUUAUAUCCAAAAAUUUUUUCAAAAAAUGUAUGGCAAAAAAUGUAUACAAUUUCUUCAAUAAUUAUAUCAAUUUUUGUAUUUACACCAUUUCUUGUAUUAUCAUCUAUAUUACAAGGACUUUUUAUAUUUUUAUGUACAAUAUUUAUACCAAAAACAAUAACUGUAUGGAUAAGUUCAUUACCAAUAUUAUAUUUUACAAUGAAUAAUCCAGGAAUAUUAAGUGAUAAUAUAUUUUAUGUUUUAAUAUUUUGUUCAUAUACAUUAUUAAGUUAUAUUUCAUAUAAUUUAGAAUACCUUGAUGAAAGUAAUAAUUUUGAAAAAAAAAAUAUUUUUGAAAGAAUAUGUGAUAUGUUUUUUUAUACAUUUUAUCAUCCAUAUAUGUUUUCAUUAAUUGUUAUUUAUCCUGAUUUUAUUAAUCAAUUAAAAAUAAGAGAAGAAAAUGGUGAUAAAAGAGAAUGGAAAAAAAUUAUAUUUCAAUUUAUUAGAUUAUGUUUUUGGAUUAUAUUAUUAGAAGUUAUUUUACAUUUUAUGUAUUUUGAAAUAAUGCUUAAUGAUACAAAUUUUAUUUAUCAAUUACCAAAAAAUGAAUUUGUACCUUUAGGUAUGGCAAUGGGUGCAUUUUUUCAUUUAAAAUAUGUUAUUAUUUUUGGUUUACCAUCACUUUUUGCUAGAAUUGAUGGUAUGCAACCAUUAGAUGGUCCUAUUUGUAUUUCAAGAAUUGUAUUAUAUUCUAAAAUAUGGAGAGGUUUUGAUCGUGGUUUAUAUAUAUUUUUUAAAAAAUAUAUUUUUAUACCAAUAUGUCAACCAACAUUUUCAUUAGGAAGAAAAAUUUUUGGUCUUUGUGUUAGUUAUAUGUUUGUACUUCUUUGGCAUGGAUUUUUACAUCAUAAUAUUAUAUGGAUAAUAUUAAAUGUUGUUGAAUUAUUAUUAGAAUAUACUGGUAAAGGAAUAUAUUCAAUAAAAAGUGUUAAAGAAUGGAGAGAAAAAAAUAUUUCUGAUGUUAAUUUUAGAAGAAUUUUAGGAUGGCUACAAAUUGUACCAUUUGUCUUUGGUUUAUACAGUAAUUUUUAUUUUCUUGGUGGUUCAAAUGUUGGUUGGGCAUUUGUAGAUAGAAUUUUUAUUCAAGAAACAAUAACCCUUCAGUAUCCAUUUUUUAUUCUUAUUGGUUUAGGAUGGUUUUAUUCUAAUGUUACAAUGGAAAUUGAUAGAUUAAUGGAAAUAAAAAAGAAAAAAGAAAAUUAA